AUGGAGACAGGCCGGAAGUCGAGCCUUCACUCGGUGAAACGGUGGCAACUGAACGGGACGGACUAUGAGCCUCAGCAGGUCCACAAACUGCGGUCUGAAACCCGCUUCAGCACCUGGACUCCUCUGAACAAUAGGACGAAUAACCUACAGGUGAGAUCUCGCGACAUUUGAACUUUUUUAUUGUAACUAAUUUAAAUGGGAUUGAAGUUUUUUUAUUGUAACACAAGAUGGCGGCAACGGCUAAAUUGUCGUAGCACCAUUUUAGAGGAGCCUUUUAAUAAUGUGAUAUAACACUAAAAUAAGUCAUUAAAACUUGAAAUAGGUACUUAAAAUACUCUUAAUUAUAAAAAUUUAACCUUUUAGCAUUAUUCAAGUAAGUUGAAUAUAUCAAUUUUGUUUUUUUAUAGGUUUUGUACACCAUCUCUCAUGUUGCGUUACCUUACACUGAAACGUCAGUUAGCUUAAAUGCUAAAAACGGAAUGCUAAAAUUUUCAACAAAGGCAGCUAGAAUGCAAAAGAAAUUAUGUUGUAAAACCACUUUAAUCAUUAUUUGAAAUAGUGUUAAUUAAUAACUGGUGGGACAAGUGCUAAAUACAGGAAAAAGUAAUGUAACUUUAAUGGUGUCGUGAUAAAUUGUGAAAUAAAAGUAAUUUUACGUUAUUUUACGUAGUUCAAGUUAAUAAAUAUGUAACUUAAAAUGUUCUUAAGAGCUAAAAUCUUAUUUACACUUAUCUUAUUUACACUUGGCAGUUAGGCUGAAAGCAAAAAUAUAUUUUCCCAAAUUUACUUUUGUAAUAAAAACAACAAACAAAGAGUUUUAGUGGAAAAACAAGUUUGAAAACACUUGAAACAAGUUUUACAGGUUGAUGAGAACCUGCCAGAUUAAUGUGAGUCCUAUUCAGCCUAAUGACACAGUUUGACUCAAACUGAGACAGAUUCACCAGGUAAAAUUUGAGUUUUUCUGCUGCAUAGACGUCAACCAGUCAGCUGAAUGUCAAUGGAAAACUCGUCAAGCUCAUGCUUUUUCUAUUUCCUUCCAGUUAUUUGAGGAGAGGAUGAACCUGGUGAUGCACUGGUUUGAUCUGUGGACCGACCGGCAGAGGAAACAGGUGUUACACUCUCUGCUUGCACGCUGCAGCAAGUCACAGCUGAAGUAAGGACUCUGAUGCACCCUCUCUGGAUUUGAAAGUGUAAUUUGUGCCCUAUUUUUCUAUAAUGCCUUGUUUUCUUUUCUGAAAUGAGGUUCUGCAGGGAUUUACUAAUCGAGACAGUCCCUGUGACUCAACUGGACUUCACCACAGUGUUGCCUCGGUUCUUGUCCCUCUAUGUCAUGUCAUACCUGUCGCCUCUGGACCUCAGCUCUGCGGCCCAAGUGAGCUGGAGCUGGAGAGUCCUUGCAGAGCAGGUGAGAGACCCAGAAAUGUGACUUUAACACCCUUACUUUUUAGUCCAGAUGAAAGUUGGAGGUUAUGUCUGGUUUUUCGUUCCCAGGAUUGUCUCUGGGCCGACCGCUGCAUCAAGAGAGGCUGGUUCCUUCCCUACACUCCUGUAGAGAAAGAGUUCGGAGCAUGGAAGAACCACUAUGUUUCCUGUGUCUCCACGCUGGACUGGCUGACCCCCAGAGAGGCGGCGGAGCUAUAUGGGACUCUGAACCAGCAGUGCACAGGGGAGAAAGAGGAGGAGGAGGAGAGGAGGAAGGAGAAGAGGAUAAGGCAGAUGAUCAGAGAGAAACUUCAGGCGGAGAAAAGUACGUAGCAGCAGCAGCUCUCUUUUCUUUUCUGACUCAUUUUUCAGGUUUGUGGUGCUUCAAAUCUGGAUUUCUUUGCAGGAGAAUCUGUGAGAACCAGGAGAGUCUGGGGUAGCAACACGAGGCAAGAAACAGCCAAAAGUACCCCAACAGGGAGGCUCAGCUCUAGUCUGACACUCAGUUCUUGGCCUUCACUCUCCUGGCCUCAGAAUACUGUUGGGUCUCCCAGCCUCGCUCUCAGCUUGGACCGGGGAGGACGAGUGACUUCAUCUCUCAGCCUGGAGAGAGUCCAGGUCUCAACUCCUGUCAGGUGAUAAUCUAUGUUUGCCCACUCAGCACUAUAAGAUCUGCUUUUCAGAUCAUACGAUUUUAUUUGUUGUACUUUUAGAGAAGUUGUAAUUCAACUCUGGUGCUUAUUUCGUAAUUGGUGGGAUUCCCAGAUUUUGAUCUAAACCUAAGAACAAAAAAGGCACGACAUGUCCUUCCUUUCUGCUCUCAUAUAUUAAUGAAUCUGUUAGCUUUAUUGCUAAUUCAGCGCUCUUAAAACAUUGCCCCAUCACUCCAUCUCGCUACCUUUCAUUGAGAUCAAUGAGGCCAAACAGCAGCUAAAUACUCUAAACUUUCAAUCCAAGCCAUUUUCAAUUACUAGUGGUGUUCCCCAGGGUUCUGUCCCAGGUCCUCCUCUGUUUCUCAUAUUUUUGUUUCCUUUUGGCCGUAUUUUCUGUAACAAAUGUGAUGUGACUUUUUUUUUUUUUUUUCAGUGAGAGAGUAAACAAAGCCAGCAGAGCGCUUUCCUCCUUCACAUCCAGACCUGCUGCUUCACUCUCAGUCUCCACUGUCCACCGGCCUUCUCCAUCCCUCGUCCUGCUGAUGUCCAACAGACUCCCUGCAUAUGAAGUGAGAUAAAAAAAGAAACAUUAAAAUAAAAAUGAAAAAAGGAAACGGCAUGUUUCUUUUCCUCUCUCUCUGCCUCCCUGUAGCUGCUGCUGAGCGGAGUAAAAGCUGGAGUGAUUGUGGUUCUGUAUGACCACAGGGGGACUCUCUCAGCUUUGUUAACCCAGGCCGAGAGGGCCGUUUCUGGGCAGGGAGUUCAGAGGCUGGGCUUGUUAGCGCCCGGAGGGACGGAGGAAAUCCAUCUGCUGAAUGGUGAGAGUAAUAAUCCUGUGAUAAUAAUCUCGCUCAAACUGGUAAAAGUGUUUAAAUCUCAGUUUAAGAAGUUUAUGUUUUUAAAAUCUAGGUUGUAGCCUAUCAGAGAGGACUCUCCUGACCCCUGACCACAGGGAAUUCUGGGAAAAACUGUCCGGCUGGGUGGCUCCAAAAGAAGAAGGAGGAGGGAUUGACAUCUUUUCCCCUCUUGCAGCGUCAGGUUUGUAAACACAUCAGACUCACACAAACACAGUUUUCUGUUUUUUAUCCGUCUGAAUCGUCUCCUCUCUUCUCCUCAGCACCAGGUUUGACUCUCAUGAAGACUCUUUCUAGACUCACCGGUCUGGAGGUUCGAGCUCCAAUGGGUCUCGCCACUGGGAGUUUCCAGAACAGUAAGUCAAACAUCUUAAGAUAUGAGUGUAUCAUCUUGUAAACCAGGGAUUUGGGCGUUUUGCUGCAUGAGAUAAUUAAAGUGUAUUCCUUGUCUUUGUCCCAGUCCUGAGCGACUGGUCCGAUGGUAGCCUGUGUCCUGGACUCUCCAGCCAGCACCAAACCAGCCCGCCUCUGCUCUAUGUGUGCGAGAGCGUCCUGCAGGCCUGGUGCAGACAGGCCCAGUGGAUGGAGGAGGCUCUGGGGGAGCUGAGGGACCGCCUGGGGUCGCAGCUGCAGCGAGCCAGGCUGCAGGCCAGGGGCCGCGCUCUGGGUGGGUUUUACACAACAUGAAGCCGGACCUGUUGCAGGUUUGAACAGAUGCCUGCAUACUCUGCGUCCUGUAAACCUUCUGAGGGGUCUGAUGAUGUGUUUAUAGGUCAUUUUCUGUGGGAGGAAAUCCGCCUGGAGGAGCCGUGUGUGUCUGAAGAGUUGAGGGAGGCUUUGACGGAGGGGUUUGCUGCUCUUACAGCACAGGAAGAGGUGAGAGCUACUUUCAGGCACUUUUUUAUUCAUGCAUGCUACCAAAGAAGAGAAAAAAUAGCCAUGUUUACAUGUGCAAAAUUUCUUGAUCGGAUUAAAAAUUAAAGGGAUCAGAAAAUCUGAAUUCACUGUUUAUAUGGGCGCAAAAUUAAGUAAUCCAAUCAUGACGAGCAUUUGAACUUUCGCAGAGUUGUCUGAAUUUAACUGAAACAACCGCAGAAGAAGAGUUGUAUUUACGCUUCCGCUGUCAACAAACCAACAAACACGGUAGUGGCUCACUUCAUCCAAUUCAGGAGUUUUCCCCCUGUUAAAUGCUGUCACUAGAUGGCGCCCUUGCGUAUUUAUUUUACUGUUUUGCCAAAGGUUGCACUGUGCGUAAAGAUGUGACGUCAUGACGCUGUAUGUACGCCUCGUUAUGUUACGGGAGGAGCAGACACGGAACCUGCGGUUGUGUUAAUAAUGUUAUAUAGAGUGUUAAUAAUGAAAUUUCCUGUAUAUGAUCAGAAUAAGUGUGUACAUGAACUCGUUUAGAAAUACCAAUUAGCAUAAACCACCCCUCUUGAUCAGAAUAAGUGUUUACAUGGAAGCGUUUCGGAGUAAUGAUCGGCUUAAACCACCCCUCUCAAUCAAAGUAAGUGUUAACAUAGAUGCAUUUCGGAAUAGUGUCGUAAUAGCAUCAGAAUCUCGAUCAGAAUAAGUGUUUACAUGGACGCGUUUCGGAAUAACGAUCGGCAUAAACCACCCCUCUCAAUCGGGAAACAAUUUCUUUCUGAUUGAGCCGAGUUGGAUCAGAGUCUUCCGAUCGACAUUUACAUAACGCACUUUUAUUUCCGAUCAGGCAUUUAUUCCUAUUAUUUGUGCCCAUGUAAACGCAGCUAAUGACACUAGAUCAAAUGUUCUUUGUUUACACCUCUAGAGCAGACCGCUAGAGUUCCUCGCCGACUUCCUGACGAGAUGGAGUGAGGAGAAAAGCUCUGAACAGGAAGAGUGGGAUUCAAAGAAAGAGUCCAGUCCCUUACCUGAGCUAUCACAGGUGUGUGUGUGUGUGUGUGUGUGUGUGUGUGUGUGUGUGUGUGUGUGUGUGCACUUUAAACCUGCAAACUCAAGCAGAGCUGGAGAAGCAUGCUCAGGUUUUUUCUUCCUUUCUCUGCCUGUAGGUGGCGUUAGAUUGGAGAGGUGCGGCUGUGAGAGAGCUGCACCACAGUGAGUGUGUUUAUGUUGGGCGUUUGAGCGCGGUGCUGAAGGUACAGCUACUGUUCAUCUCGUUUUGAUCCUUUCUUCUCAGCCUGACUGAAGAGUGGGUUCUUCUACUUGAGCGUAAAGGUGCACCUGUCUUUUUUGACUCUACAGGUGUACCAGGAGCCUCUCACCGCAGCUCUCAACUCCAACAGAGCCAUCCUCAGCUUUGCCGACAUCCACAUCGUCCUCAGCCCCGUCGCACAGAUCCUGGAGCUCAACAGGUGAAUGCGACCACACAAACACGUCCAUGACUCGCUCUCUCUUCCUUCUGCGUGGACAUGACUGUGAAGACGUGUCUGUUUCAGGGAGUUUCAGGCGGAUUUGGAGGCCAGGCUGCAGCAGUGGGGGGCCGAGCAGUGUGUCGGGGACGUGCUGGUGAAGCUGUGCUCGAGGCUGAGAGUCUACACCAACUACCUGAACAACUACACCACCGCCAUACACGCCAUCGACAAGGUAGGGUGGAGCAGUGUUUUUGUGCGGCGCGAAGGACGCCUGAAGCUGAUGUGUUGUUUUUUCGUGUCAGUGCAGGGAGACGAAGCCUCUGUUCAGGGCGUUUCUGAAGAGAGCAGACCGGACUCUUGCGACGCACAUGCUGAGGUAAAAACAGAAACUUUACAAACUCAAAUAUCUCAACUGGAAUCAACGCGGAAGUGUGAAACAGGUGUGUGUGUGUGUGUUUGUGAAGCCUGCAGGAGCUGCUACUCUGUCCUGUGUGGAGACUACAGGAGUACAUCACGCUGCUUCAGGCUCUGACUGUACACACACCACCUGGACACCCCGAUCACGCACACCUCCCCAAAGCUCUCAACUCCAUGCUUACAUUCAGGGAAUUCAUUCAGAAGGUGACGCUCAUAAUACUUUUUAAAAGCAUGAACUGUGCAGAUUUUUUAUUUAACGAGGUUUGAUUUAUUUUAUAGUUGAAGCGCAACUCCGAGAGGGACAAGCUGUUGGAGGAAACGCAGCAGAUGAUCCAGGGCUGUCCGGUAAAAACUGCUCCCUCUCAGAUCACCUCAGACUGCUUUGGUGUUCAACUGUUGCAGCGUGAAUACAGUCGUGAGUUUUCUGUGUGUUUAGAGCCUCAGUGAAGGAAACAGGCAGCUGAUCAUAACUCAGGACGCCGCUUUGCUCAAGAGUCCUGAUGAGCGGAUUCCAGACUCUCUCAGGUAAAACACACACUUUGAUGUAAUAUCAAUAAAAGUAUUGAUGUUUUUGAUGUGGACACUGGCUGAUGAGCUCCUGGUUAGCAGUUGCAGGCUGCAGCUCAUGCACAACAAUCCUUCUUGCUAGGGGGACCAUAUUCUGACUUCCCAAAAAGAGGAAGGACUACGCCGGGGCGGAGUCACAGAGUCGCACAAAGUUAGUUUUGAGAUUUUUGCGGGUCGGAUCGAGUGUCUUUUAUGCGCUUCUAACUCAGUAGGUCCACAUGACACAAAAUCGAAACUUAUGUACAAAACUGUGGACAUUUGAAGGAUUUCAUAAACUUCCACGGACAAAGCGGACAGCCCCCCAAAAAGAGGAUAUUUCUGGGUAAAAGAGGAUGUAUGGUCACCCUAGCAAUGAAGAAAAUACUGCAAACAUUCAUGAUUCGUCAGCACAGCAAAUCCUGGUCUUUUAAGUCUCUCAGAUGAAUGAUAAAUUCUGCUCUGAGCGCCCCCUGCAGGCGUGGAUGACCCUCAGAGGAGCCGUGCAGCUGUGCUCCUUUAUUAUUAAUUUCUUUACUGUAUAUGCAGCUCAUUGAUGAGGUUGUUUCUGCUUUUUGCAGCAUGUUGCGUUUGUUUUAGACUUUUGCAUGUGUGUGUAAAGUUGCAUAUUUUAACAUUUGCUGCACAUUUCCUCUGAUGGAUGGCUGCAUCGUAGCUCCAUGCUUGCUAACUCUCAUGUAUUAAAUGACAGAUCCACAGCCUAACUUUGAGCUUGUGUAUCUAAUGAAGUGAUUUUAUCAAUUUUAUCUACUUCUUUAGGACCUUUGAGCACGUCUGUGAUGUGGGCCUCUUCCUCUUUAACGACGCUCUAGUCUUGACACGGCGAAACGUCCAUCACACCCCGUUCACGAUAUCCCACAGGAGCACACACACUUUCCUGGCCUCUGUGGCUCUAAACAGCCUGACAGUCCGAGAGAUCACACACACACGCUGUGAGUUUGACACACACACACACAUUGGUGGCAGUGUUGAGUGUGUUAUCCUGGUCUGAGAGCGUCAGGAUAAUCCAUGUUUCUCUGCAGAUGUGAGUCACGCCUACGUCCUGGAUGGUCCGUGUCGUUCGUGGGUUUGUGCCGCGGAGGGUGCUGAAGAGAGGGAGCACUUCCUGUCCGUGCUGCGCUCAGCCAUGAAGUCGGCUCUGAGAGGACAUCAGUGA